AUUUGCCAGCCAGCCUCGACGACAGACAGCCAGCCGCUCACAGUCCUGCAGCGCGGAGUCCCGUCUUCUCCCUCCGAGACCCGGCGUCGUCUCUUGUCUUUCUCUCCCCGCCUGCUAGGAUCCUCCACGGGCCGGCUUGCGAGUUGGUUCGCGUCUCUCUCUUCGGGGGCGAACAACAACAACAAAAAAGUCAAGUGUUGUCUUUUUUUUUUCUUUUUUUUUUUGCGAGCUUCGUUCUCCGGUUGCCCUUGAAGACAUAUGGAGAAAAUGGCCAGACCUCUUCCUAUAAAUCCAACUUUCCUGCCGCCGACUCACGGCGUCCUGAAAUCCCUUCUGGAAAAUCCGCUCAAGCUGCCUUUCCAUCACGAUGAAGGAUUUGGAAAAGACAAGGAUAAAGGGAAGAAGCUGGAGGAUGAGAGCAACGCGGCAAACCACCCACAGUCGGCUUUCCUGGGCCCGACUCUCUGGGACAAGACCCUACCCUACGAUGGCGACAACUUCCAGCUGGAGUACAUGGACCUGGAGGAGUUCCUGUCGGAGAACGGCAUCCCCGCCAACACAGCCCAGAGUGACCAGGACCGGCAGGCAGCGCAGCCGCCGCAGCAGGCCCCUCCACCCACCCCACCUACCCCGCCCACACCUUCUGUUGUGGACCUCAGCAGCCGCGCCACCACCUCGGUUCACACGGCCAUGGCGCCUCAGAACUGCCUCCACAGCCCCAGCACAGCAGCAGCACUGCCCUCCGCCCGGGACACCCCCAGCCCCAUCGACCCCGAGUCUAUCCAGGUGCCCCUGACCUACGAGCCCGACCCGGCAGACCUGGCCCUGUCCAGCGUGCCCGGCCAGGAAAUGUUCGACCCCAGGAAACGCAAGUUCUCCGCCGAGGAGCUGAAGCCGCAGCCGAUGAUCAAGAAGGCACGCAAGGUCUUCAUCCCCGAGGACAUGAAGGACGAUCGGUACUGGGCCCGGCGCAGAAAGAACAACGUGGCGGCAAAGCGGUCACGGGACGCUCGGCGGCUGAAGGAGAACCAGAUCGCCAUCCGGGCCGGCUUCCUGGAGAAGGAGAACGCCGCUCUCCGCAUGGAGGUGGCGGACAUGAGGAAGGAGCUGGGCCGCUGCAAGAACAUUGUGGCUAAAUACGAGGCCCGACACGGGCCCCUGUGAAGCCUCCACCCGCCCCCAACACACCCCGAGACCCGACCCGACCCGCUCCACCGACCCCACCCACCGUCCCUCGAGUUUGAAGGACAAUGUGUCUCUUUUAGUGGCACUGCCCCCCGUUCUCCUCCUCCUCCUCCUCCUCUGACACACCUGUAUGAUUCUGGUAUUAUGACUUCUAUCAUAAGCUUCAAUUUGUCGGUUCCUUCUUUGAUUUUCUGUACACAUCGUUCGACUAAAUAUAUAUAAAUAUAUAUAUAUAUAUAUAUAUAUAUAUAUAUAUAUACAUAGAUAAAUAUAUGUAUUUACACAUGCAUACUUCCCACUUUAAUGUACUGUGAGGAGUAAUGAGCCAACCCACCAGCUGAGACCCCGCCCCCUCCUCCUCCUCCUCCUCCUCCUCCUCCUCCUCGCCGCCCGCCGCUACCUUUUGAGAAACGAUGCCAUGAUGUUUGUUGUUCACUUUCAUACCGAUUUUAUACGUGAUAUCAGGACUGAAAACUGUUUCCUGUUUCCCUCCUUCGUCUUCUGUGUUACGACGUGUGACGUGUCCGAGAGCUUUUACACAACCUCCUCCUCCGACAACCACAAAAUCCUGUUUUCUUUUUUAAAUCCUGUUCUUAUUUUUUUUUUCCGAUCAGAAUCUUCUCUUGCUUUCGAUGUUGUUGUAUUUCAGCCGUCUGACGCGACUCUCGCUUCUCUAACAGCUCUCUGAGUAUCUUUUAAUCAGAUUUGUUUUUUUGUUUUUUUUGCACAUUUCUGUGCGAUCAUGAUGUAGAUUUUAUUUUAUUGUGUUCUUCUCUCCAUCAGCCAGACACUGAGCAAUAAUUCCUGUCCAGAACUAAACUGACAUGACUACCUAACAUGCUCCUCAGUCCUCCCUGGUCUCCUCCUCUUCCUCCUCCUCCUCCUCCUCCUCCUCAUC